AUGACUGGAUAUGUUGGUCUAAAAAGUCGAGGUGCAACCAAUUAUAUGAAUGUUGCUAGACGCGUUGCUAUUUUUUUAAGCACGGAACCUUUGAAAUUACGAUUUACCAUGGCAAACAAAACUGUAAUUAAAAGGACGACCACACAAACACUGUCAGAGAUACUUCAAACAAACUAUCCAUCUGAAUCAAUACUCUUAUAUUAUGAGAUGCUUGAUAUUAGUAUUGUGGAAUUAGAAACUAAAAUAUUUUUUAAAGUAUACUGGCUUGGAGCAGCUGUCAAAGAAGAGGAAGUGAUUGAUAUUCAUCUUCCAAAAACUGCUAAAGUUAAUCAAAUUUUUCAAAUAAUUGUAACAAAACUAGCAUUAAAACGUUCAAGUAAAAUUAGAUUAUAUGGCGUCUUACACUGCAAAAUUCAAAAAGAAUAUGAUAUUAACGAUCCAAUAGAUGAAAUACAAGAUAAUGUGACGUUAUACGCGGAGAAAAUACCACAAGAUGAAAUCGAACUAGGAGCUAAAGAUAAAGUUAUUCAAGUAUAUCAUUUUACUAAGAAACCGUUAAGCACGCAUGGAGUUCCAUUCAAAUUUGUUAUUAAAACGGGUGAGCCCUUCUCUAGGAUAAAGAUACGUCUUAAAUCACGCUUAGGAAUGAACGAAAAAGAUUUCUCGAAAGUGAAAGUCGCGGUUGUACAAGCGCUAUCAUUUGCAAAGCCUCAGUAUAUAGAUGAUGGUAUUUACCCAUUUUUCAAUUUUUUACUUUAA